AUGAAGAGCGCCGCACAUAGUUCAACGGUUGACGUUUUGCAGGACAUCCACGCGCCGGUCAAGACGGCUUGCGACCACACAUUCUGCCGCGAGUGCCUGACGCAACGGCUCGAGGACUCGGCCACAUGCCCGGAGUGUCGCAACAAGUUGUUCGAGCCUGAGGCGCGAGAAGAGGAAGAGGAAGAAGAUGACGAUGAUAGGCUCGAUUAUGUUGCUCUCGUAGCGCGACUGUAUGCAAAGCAGGCAUACUUCGACGUGGCCUUCGAGGCGGCAUCUGCUGCUCGACUAGAGGCGCAGCGCGCAGAGCUUGCCGAACUCGACGCUCGGAAUGCAGCUCUUCAAGUGGAAAUCGACGAAUUGUUCCAGGACGAGCUGGAAGGCGAUUGGGAUGAUGCGUGCCUCGAGGCCACACAUUACCAGCCCAGUGUUCAUUCCCAGGAGGCAGAGCUCGAGGAAGAUCAAGAGAUAGCAGGACGUUGGAGCUGGUGGAUUCCUAAGUUCGUGCGAUACAUGCUGAGCAUGAUGAGCCAUAACGUGCAGUUUUAG